AAACCCAGAAAAAAUGACCAGCUUCAAGAAGUUCUCCCUAAGCCUGAUGCUUUCUCUUAUGUGGACUUUGGUGGCGGCCAACACUCCCUUCCGGCAAUGUGCUGACACAAGCUUUCCCCAACCCUUGACAGUUCAAAUCGAUGAUUGUGACACCUUGCCCUGUGAUUUGUGGAAGGGUACUGAGGCCAAGAUUGAUAUUCAGUUUGUGGGCACUCGCAAUACCAUGUUCAAGCUGUCGGCUGAGGUGCAUCUGACCUCGUUGGGGGUCACCAUACCCUAUGACCUGGACUCUGCUCGUGGUAAUGUUUGCAACAAUCUCCUGCAUGGCGCCUAUUGUCCCCUGGAUGCCGGCGAGGAUGUGACCUAUGAACUGCUCCUGCCUGUAGCUAGCAAUCAGCCGGAAGUGCCCACCCGCCUGGAGGUGCGUCUCCUGGACACUGAAAACGAGAAUCGAGUGGUGUCCUGCUUCCUGGCCGAUACGCGCGUUAAGAAGCCAAGUUCUUAG